AAAAUAAUUUAAAAAUACAGGGUUGCGCAACAGCGGAAGUUCUGGGAACCAGGAACUGCAGGACAAAAAAAUACGAAAGCACUGUGAUGUUCAGGCGAAGUGGUCCCUGCUAACCAGACUGUACAGCUAGCCCACCCUGACACACACAUUCAGGGAAACAUGGGAGGCUCUCAAAGCGUCGACAUACCGGGUGGAGGAACUGAAGGCUACCACGUUCUCAGAGUGCAAGAGAAUUCCCCCGGUCACUGUGCAGGACUAGAGCCAUUUUUUGAUUUCCUCAUUUCUAUUUGUGACACUAGGCUGAACAAGGACAAUGACACCCUAAAAGAGUUGCUGAAGAUGAAUGUGGAGAGGCCCAUCAAGAUACUGUUAUAUAGUAGCAAGACACUGGCAGUGAGGGAGACAACAGUCACACCCAGCAACAUGUGGGGUGGCCAGGGCCUUCUGGGAGUCAGCAUUCGCUUCUGCAGCUUUGAAGGAGCCAAUGAAAAUGUUUGGCAUGUCUUGGAAGUGGAACCAAACUCUCCUGCAGCCCUGGCUGGUUUGAGGUCCCACACUGACUACAUCAUAGGAGCGGAGACUGUAAUGAAUGAGACUGAAGAUCUGUUCUCCGUGGUUGAAACCCAUGAAGGGAAGGAGUUGAAGCUGUAUGUUUACAACACAGACACAGACAACUGCCGGGAGGUGGUCAUCACUCCAAACUGUGACUGGGGCGGAGAGGGCAGUCUAGGAUGUGGGAUUGGCUAUGGCUACCUGCACAGGAUACCUAUACUACCAUUUGGAGAGGGCAAGAAUAUCAGUUUCCCUGCACAGACUCCCAGUGAACCAGCUAAAGACGGCUUCACAGAGGUCCAUCUCUCUGCUGUUAUUCCAACGGUUCCAGUUGCUGUGUCUUCUGCUUCGACUGGAUUAGAGCAGUCUCUCGCCGGCUUGUCAGUCAGCUCUAACCUGACCGCUGUCGUUAGCGAUCUACAGAAAGGCACUUCUCCCGUCCCACUGUCCAAUCACAGCCCUUUUUUACAAAGCGCUCCCUUGUCUGUGAAUCCUGCUGCCAAACUACCAGGUUUAAUGCCCUUCCCUGGAGGUCUUCCAACCUUUCCUCAUUUACCAAAUCAUAAUAUCACCUCGCCAGACAUGGGCCAGGUAUUGCCACCUGGAGUUGGUGAAUUACAACAUGCAGGUCUUCCAUCACUCACCCAGCAGAGGGAGGUCCCUGGUCUAACUCUGCCACCGUCUGACUUUGUUCUUCCCCCAAACACUGCUAAUGCAGUUCCUGCUGUAACACAGCAUCCAACGUAUCCCUUCUCCACUACCCAAAUGAACAGUUUGACGACAACCCCCAUCCCAUCAUCAGUGGCCUCAGAAUCAAUAAAUAUCACAAUGACUGCAGACUCAUCUUAGCAGAGAACACUGUUUAAGGUUGUCACUGAACUCUCAAGUCUCAAAAUAUAGAGGGUCUAUUAGCUGCACCACUCAGUUGACAAAUUGCACGCGCACAUUGUUAGGAUUGUUGUACAAGCGUCAGUAUUUUGAGGAUACUGACACCUUGUGCUGGCAUUCUCACAUGAAGCGUGUCGUGCAGCAGCAGCCCUGCUGAUGGCAGCAGCAGGAAAAUGACAAAACAUUUAAACCUCUCAGCGGAAUUCAAAUAUUCUGAACAAUUAUGAAAAUAGUUCAUAACUAAGAGAUAAUAGGGCUUUUUUUUUUAGCUAGGCAUAAAGACAAAAUUAUAUAAAUAUAUUUAAUAUAAAGUAUGUAGAAAACUAGUUACUUAUACUGUAAGUUUGCACAUCAGCAUCUUUCAGUAAUUAAACUACCACGGAGCCCUCGAAGGGUCACAAUAGGAAUUUGUUUUCCGAACAAAUUCCCCCCCCCCCCCCCCCCCCCCCCCCUUUUAUUUUUCUGCUGUUCUGAUGUACAGGAACUGUUGUAGGAACUGUUGUGUGUUGGUCUGGUCCAGUUCUAACACAGGGAAAUAUGCAGAUUCUACAAAAAGGAGAUAUAAUUGCCAAUUUCUCCUGUCAAAAGGUCAAGCUCCAACAGUAUACAGCCUGGCUGUGGUGUAACGGCCAAGGCUGGGUCAUCCCACGGCUACAAUCGAAAUCAGUCUCUCUCAAUCUGCCUUGGCAGCAAGCGUUGGGAGCUAGGUCAACUAGCUCUGCUAGUUAUCUAUUCAGCUGCAAUGAUUGAGACCUGUACCUGAGCCACACACAGCAACCAGCAGUGGUCUACUACAGAAUACUGCAUUCAUAACAAAGUUCAGCCUCUCAAAA